UAGCAACCAGAUGGUGGGGCCAUGGCACUCUUAACACCCCAGGGAAUGAAAGAAGUCUUCCAACUUCAGAAACCAGAAGGUCGCAAACACCUGUGGGCACUGCUGAACUGGGAAGAGUUUGACGAAGUGAGAGACUUCCGCAGAAGCAUCCUGCUGGACACCCUCUAUGAAAGCAUUCUCUUUGCAGUGGGCAAAGGCUUUCCAUGGGUCAAGGUGGCCCAGGUGGCCAAGUUCACAGAGGAGCUGCUCCAGGAAGCCAAAGGCUGCUCCAUCACCGAGGCUGUGACAAUCCUGGGCAACAAGCUCAGAGAUUACCAGGGACAGUUCAACACUAGCCACCUGCUGGCCCUCUGUGACUACUUCCACAACACCUUCAUCCACCACUACAAACUCUACCAGUAUGUCCUAUGCCAGGACCAGGAAGUCAACCUGACCCUAGACCCACUGGAGGUGUGCACACCACCCCAGCCCCUCCCACUGGCCAAGGGCAUGGACAGGGACGUCUGGCAGCAUGAGCAGCAGGUGGCUGAGCUCACGAUAGCCGAGGUGCAAAAGCGUACCAAUGUGCUGCUCCUGAAGGAGGCACUGUACCUGGAGCAGGAGCACAUGCUGCAGAAGACUUUCCAGGCCGUAUCCAUGCAGCAGAGACAGAUGCUAAAGAGAGAGGAGUUAGAAAACCUCAUCAGUGAGGCCAUUCAUAUCCAGAUCGAAUGCCUGAAGGAGCUGUUGCAGUACGAGAUACAGAUAACAUUUGAUAUUUUGGACCUAAAACUUCAGAAGAAGACUUUAAACCUCAAUGCUCCCAUUCCUUUCCCUCCCUUAGUCACUAGCCAGUCAGGCCAGGUUGAAUCUGUUAAAUCCUGCAAGGCAAGCAAAGAAAAGAAAGUGAAAGCAAAGAAGUAG